GCUUCAAGAUGGCGCGUCGUGACGUCAUCCACAUGCGACGGCAGCGGUCGGCAAACAGUCGGCGCUGUGAUAACGGAGGUUUGCAGCCCGUUAGUUUUCAAUCAUGGGCGCCGUUGCAGUGAGAUAGUUUGUGGUAUUUGGAAUUAAAAUGUUUUAGCGUCACUUCCUGCAGCUGCAGUCCGCGUGUCGACGGAGGUAACUUCACCUGGCGGCGGAUAUUCACACGUUCAGAGCUGUAAACAAGCUAGCGGCUCUGUUUUGUACACGUGGUGACGUCCAGCCUCUAAAAACAGACGGAGAGAGAAAAAGAAAAUAACUCAGGAGGAUUUAAAAUGUCUCGACACAACAAGAAGAACGGGAUACCGGACAGGUGGCUGGAUUACAAAGCUGUGGGGAAAAGACUUCACGGGACUCGAUUCAUCGCCUUCAAAGUGCCUCUGAAACAGUCUCUGAACCAUCAGCUGCCACGGUCGGACGUCUUCGGUCCCUGGGAGCUGCUGGACGCUCUGAACAGAGAGAAGCAAGAGCUGGGUUUGAUCGUGGACCUGACCUUCACCACACGCUACUACAAACUACAGGACGUGCCAGACUCUCUGCUGUUUGUGAAGAUCUUCACAGCCGGUCACGAGGUUCCCAGUGACGACACGAUCCUGAGCUUCAAGCGCGUCGUACGAAAGUUUCUACGAGACAACGCUGAUAACGACAAGCUGAUCGGAGUCCACUGUACCCACGGUCUGAACCGGACCGGCUACCUGAUCUGCAGGUAUCUGAUCGACGUCGAUGGGAUGGAUCCUAAGCAGGCUAUAGAAUUGUUCAACUCGUCGCGGGGUCACAAGAUCGAGAGACAGAACUACCUGAGGGACCUCGAGCAUGGACGGAAGAGGAGUAACGAGGGGAUGGAGGAGUCGGAUCAGGAGCCAAUGAGAGGUUGUGCUGCUCAUCGCCUGUCUGAGAGCAGAGAGGAGAGACGACCUCACCACGACGACUCCAGACACCACAGAUCUUUCCCUCCAAGAGAAAUGAUUCAUCGCUCACAUCACCAUCAUCACAACAACGGCCGUCUUUCCCCUCCACCGUUACGACCUCCACCUCCUUUCUAUCCACCUGUGGGAGCCGCCCUCCGCUCGCCGUACCGAUGGACCGCCCCUCACCUGGACAGUCCGUGGAGGCGACCUCCCCGCUCAGAGGAGUCGGAGUGGAGCUCAUCGUCCCGCCGGUAUGAGGACAGAAGGAGAGCGCCCCCUCCCCUGUCCCGCUACGCCCCACGCUGGACCAACGAGUCCGGCCACCAUGACAGACCUGACAGACCUGACAGACCUGAGGAGGAGUGGGCGGGGCCCAGAACGUGUCACAGAUACUCUCAGCCAUACAGAGUCAACUCGUACGACAACUACUAGAAACCAGCAGACUGAAACCUGCUCAGUUACAGCAGCUGCAGCGACACACAGGUGAUCGACGUGCCACUCUGCGAGGCGCUGCACCGACUGCUGCCUGAAGAUUUUAAAAGUGAACGAUGCUCACGUGUCCAGAACCGCAGCGGCUCUCUGGGUGUUUUUAAUAUGAGGUUUCCUGUGUUGAUUCAGUCGGUAUCAGCUCAGUUUGAUGUUUUGUUGCCUGCUGCAGCGUCUCACUGCUCACAGGACUGAAGUGAAGAUUACUGUGUGAAUGUUUGAGUGCUGUGAUGAUGAAAUUAAAAGACUUCGCAGAUACGAAGCAGUUUUUUCUCCUGUUUCUGCUGCGAUCAGAGUAGAAACACUCAGACAGGA